AUGCACUGCACAAAGCACAUAUUGGGCUCCGAACACAUUUGUAUUGGUUUGAACGAGACAUAUUGGGCUCAUGCUCAACAAGAGGCUGAGAACACUGCUAAGGAUGAUGAUGUUCCUCCUGCACCUACUACUCCUUUGCACAAGGGCCUCUUGAUCAGUACCACCAGUUUGUAUGGUGUUCAAAUUUUGAAUCGUAUUUUGCAUGGUGUAUGGUCUAUGCAGGUCCUUUCUGUGGUUGGGCUUCUUCAAGAUGAGGUUGAUCCCAUGGUGUCCGUGAUGAACGUUGAGAAGGCUCCACUGGAGUCAUAUGCUGACAUAGGUGGGUUAGAUGCCCAGAUUCAGGAAAUUAAAGAAGCAGUGGAGCUUCCUCUUACUCAUCCUGAACUGUAUGAAGACAUUGGUAUUAAACCCCCCAAAGGAGUCAUACUAUAUGGGGAGCCUAGCACAGGAAAAACCUUGCUUGCCAAGGCAGUGGCAAACUCAACGCCAGCUACUUUCUUGAACGUGGUCGGAAGUGAAUUAAUCCAGAAAUACUUGGGUGAUGGGCCUAAAUUAGUCAGGGAACUCUUUCGAGUUGCAGAUGAUCUUUCACCAUCAGUUGUCUUUAUUGAUGAGAUUGAUGCGGUUGGCACAAAAAGUUAUGAUGCACAUUCAGGUGGUGAACGUGAAAUCCAGAGGACAAUGUUGGAAUUGCUGAACCAAUUAGAUGGUUUUGAUUCAGGAGGAGAUGUCAAAGUGAUUCUUGCUACAAAUAGAAUCGAAAGUCUUGAUCCUGCCUUGCUUCGUCCUGGUAGAAUUGACAGGAAGAUUGAAUUCCCUCUGCCAGACAAAAAAACAAGGAGGCGUAUUUUCCAGAUACACACAUCAAGAAUGACAUUGGCAGAUGAUGUCAACUUCGAAGAGUUUGUGAUGACUAAAGAUGAAUUUUCUGGGGCUGAUAUCAAAGCAAUUUGUGCCGAGGCUGGCUUGCUUGCAUUAAGAGAGCGCCGUAUGAAGGUGACACAUGCAGACUUCAAGAAAGCUAAGGAAAAAGUGAUGUACAAAAAGAAAGAAGGGGUGCCAAAGGGCUCUAUAUGUAGAUGGUGGCCAGUUCCACUGGCCGGAAAAUACAUGUGCAUCCUCCUUGUUAUUUUUAGCUUUUGAUGUCAAAUUAAUUUGAUGUGAAAUAUUCUGCUGAACAGUGGAAUGCCAGCACCUAUUUUUUGGAUGUCACUAGUAUUAAAUUUAGGCCCUACCAUGGGUUGACUAAGAAAUUUUAAUUUGAUGAGUUCUCUAAUGGAGAUAAGAACCCUUAUUUUAGGAAUUGCAUGUUUUAGGCUAAGUUAUG